GGGAGCCCGGCCAUGAGGGAUUACUGCCCCUCCCCACUACGGGCCAAUCUUAUACCCCCCAGGCACACCCCUGCCCAAAGCCCAGGCAUGGACUCCAGACACAGCAGCCCCAGUGGGGCUGGGGAAGGGGCCUCCUGCUCUGAGGGUCCUGGUGGGAGCUUGGCCUGCCCAUCCCUGACCUUCAUCCCUCUCCAGGAGGCAGCCACCAAAGAGAAAGUGGGAGAACAUGGAGCCCUGAUCUCAGGGACACCAGAAGUCAUCUUCUCUGGGAAGCCAGAGCAUGUGUCCUCAGCCAAAAUGGAUCCAUCAUCCUUGGAGGACAGAAAUCCUAUGUUCUUGGAGAAGAUGGACUCCAAGUCUUCAAAGCAGGCAGAUUCUACUUCCAUAGAAAAGGAAGAUGCUGGGUCCUUGAGAAAGGCAGAUCCCACAUUCAUAGGAAAGACAGAGCCUGCAGUCUUGGGAAAGGGGAAUCCCGUAGCUUCUGGAAGGAUGGAUUCUGGGACCCCAAGAAAGAAGGAUCCUGAAUCCUUGGGAAAGGUAGAUGCUGAUCCUAUAUCCUUAGCCAAAAUGGAUCCUGCAUGCCCAAGUCAGGAAGAGUCCAAGUAUUCAGGACAAAAGUUUCUUGUGUCCUCAGAGGAAGUGGAUUCUGCAUCUGAGGGCAAGGUAGAUCUUGUGUCCAUGGGAAAAAGAGAUCCUGGGCCCUCAGGAAAGGCAGAUCCCUGGUCCUUGGAAAACAAUAAUUCUGCAUCUCCAAAAAAGACAGAUCCUGAGUCCUUGGGAAUGCUGACUCCAGGGUCAUCAGGCAAAAUCGAGCCUAUAUCCCAUGGAACAGUGGCUCUGGAGUUGACAGGAAGGGGUCAACUCUUGGAGAUGACAGAUACUUUAACUAUAGGAAAUGCAGAAACUAUGUCCUCUGCAAAAGAGGACCCUCAGUUCCCGGGAAUGAUGGAUCCUGCCUCUUUGGGAAAGAAUCUCAUGUCUGUGAGAAUGACAAAAACCGGGUCUGCUGGACAGGUGGAUACUGGGUCUUUAAGCAAGGUGGGUCCAGUUUCUUUGGGAAAGGUGGAUCCUGUGUCCUCAGGAAAGCCAGAGCCCUUGUCUCCUGGGCAGACUGAACUGACAUCUGUGGGAAACACAGAAACUAUGUCCUUAGAAAAGGAGGACCCAGUGUCUUCCAGAAAGGUGGAGCCCAUUAUUUCUGUGGGAAAUAUAAAAACAUCAUCUUUUGGAAAAGUGAAUCCUGAAUCUUCAGGAAAGGUACACCCUGUGGCCUCAGUUCCAGGGGAUCCCAAGUUCUUGGGAACAGCAGAACCCACCUCCUCUGUAAAAGCUGAGGCAGUGACUCAGAGAAAAGUAGCUCCACUGUCCUCAGAGAAAGCAAGUCCGGUGAUCUCUGGAAAGGUGGGUCCCACAGCCUCAGGGAAGGCUGAUCCCCCCACCUGGGGAAAGGUAGACCCUGUGAGCAAAGGGAAGGCAGAAACUGUGUCUUCUGGAGAAGCAGACUCCCUAUCUUCAGAAAAGGUGGCCCCCACAACUCUAGGAAAAAUAGUCCUGGCACCCUCGGGAAAAGUAGAAGCUGUCCCAGAGGGAAAGAUGGAUCCUCUGCCUCCAGAGAAGGGGAAUACUGUGAAUUCCACAAAGGUGGACCCCAGGGCCUUAGGGAAAGCAGAACCCAAGUCCCAGGGCAAAGCAGAAACAAAGACCCCUGAGCACGAGGAUCCCACUUCAUCAGGAAAAGCAGAAGCUGCAUCUCUGCAGAAGGAGAAGCCAUUGGCCUUGGAGAAGAGGGAUCCCAGAUCCUCAGGAAAAGUAGAUCCUGUUGCUUCUGGGAAGGUGGAGCCUAUGGCCCUGGGGAAGAGCGACUCUGUGCCACCUCUGGGAAAAGCAGGGUCCUCAUCCUUGGGAAAUGUGGCCCCCCUGACUCUGGAACAGACUGAAGCCUCCUCCGGACCCAGGCGAUCAGAUGGUAAAGCCUGUGGCUCAGCCUCUUCUCUCUUGGGUGCCGGGAGGGGCGAGGGCCGCGGGGAGCCAAUGCCAGGGCCUACAUUCAGCACCGAGGCUGGCAGCCUGGGCCAGAAAGACCCGGUAGCCAAUGGGACCCAGGUAAGCCCCGGCCAAGAGGCCGAUGCACCCCUGCCUGGGCCGCGGACUCGUGAUAACUUCACUAAGGCGCCGUCAUGGGAUGCGAGCGCCCCGCCACCGCGCGAGGACGCGGGCACGCAGGCGGGCGCGCAAGCCUGUGUGUCGGUAGCUGUAAGCCCCAUGUCUCCGCAGGACGGCGCGGGCAGCCCGGCCUUCAGCUUCCAGGCGGCGCCGCGCGCGCCCAGCCCGGCGCCCAGGCCGCCCUCUCGUCGGGACGCGGGCCUGCAGGUGUCGCUGGGGGCCGCUGAGAUGCGCUCUGUGGCCACUGGACCCAUGACACCGCAGGCCGCCGUACAGCCUCCCGCGCCACACGCCUUCCCCGAGGUGCGGGUGCAGCCCGGCUCGGCGCUGGCUGCCGCCGUGGCGCCCCCGGAGGCGGCCGAGCCCGUGCGCGACGUGAGCUGGGACGAAAAGGGCAUGACCUGGGAGGUGUACGGCGCAGCCAUGGAGGUGGAGGUGCUGGGCAUGGCCAUCCAAAAACAUCUGGAGCGACAGAUCGAAGAGCACGGCCGCCAAGGGGCACCCGCGCUGCCCCCCACUGCCCGCCCCGGCCCCGGCCGUGCAGGUUCCGUGCGUGCUGCGCCCCCCGAGGGUGCCGCCAAGCGCCCUCCUGGCCUCUUCCGCGCCCUGCUGCAGAGCGUGCGCCGGCCGCGGUGCUGCUCCCGGGCCGGACCCACGGCCGAGUGA